AUGUUUAUCAGCUCCAUUAGAUUGUCCUCACAAAGACUCUUGGUCAAGAAACCGUUUACUGCCGUCACGUUGCGCGCCGCAACGGCACUACCCUUAAGAUCAUAUUCUCAACCUGCAUCCCUUCAAAACUCCACUGGCUUGACAUGGUCUGACUUCUUCAAGUUGAGGAAACAACAACGGAGAAUCAACGUGGGCUCUUCGCUCUUUACCGGGCUUUUGGGGUGUAAUAUUUCGUGGGCUUACCUCUCCACGAUGGAAAUAGAUCCAACUCAACUGGUAUUUGGGUUUGACCCAUUGACCGUCAUUUCUGCGGGGAUAAUGGCCGCCGGUGCCCUAGGCUACCUGUUGGGCCCUAUAGUUGGUUCGCAAAUCUUCAAACUUUCUCAUCAGAAGCAAUUGGAAUACUUCAAUGACAAAAAUAAAGACUUUUUGAAACACAUCAUCAAUAAUAGGGUCGAUGCAUCGUCUCAAAGUUUCAGUAACCCUGUUCCAGACUACUACGGCGAGAAGAUUGGCUCUCUAAAGGAAUACAAACAAUGGUUAAGGGAUUGCCAUGCUUACGCCAAGAAAUCCAAGGAAUUCUUGUAG